UCGCCGAUUUCGCCGGUGAAGAAGACUUGUAAGAAAAGUAGAUUGAUUCACAAAAUAAUUUUUAGUUCACCGACCUUUCCUCGUAUUAUUUGAAUGGAAUGCAGUUUCAAAUUUUCAUAACCGAAGUUCGCAAUUCCUGAGUUCUACAGCAGAGAGCAAAAUGCAAGGGAAGGAAGGAAAACCCGCAUCGUCGACUUCAUGUCGAACUUGCACGGAUACGUCGGACAUAGUCCCAUUACAUACUUCACAGCACUUGUACCUGAAACCAAUUGCCAGAAUGAACAUCUCCGUCCAACUUCCACAAUUAAAGGCGCCAGGCAAAUCCAUCUCAAGCUGGGAAGUGAUGGAGCGACUUCGCAAAAUGGCCAAACCUGAGAAAUUUAGUGUCCUGAAAGUGACCAAGAGUACGCUUGAAUUUAUAAGAUUCGAGGGUGAGAUUGACUGCAAGGCCAAGUUGAAGAGUGUCAUAGACAGGCUUGACAUGAUGACAAUCAAAUUAUCCGGCUUCCCGGACGCCCUCAAAGUACGGGCUGCUGAAGCCAAAUUAGCAUUUCCAACUCGACACAUAUGGGAUAGCUUCUUCCGAGAGGCAAAGAAUAUGAAUGAGAUGAAGCCUGGUGAGCGACCGGACACAAUGCACAUUGGAAAUUUACCAUGCAAGUGGUUCACCUUGCCAGAACUUCAGGAGAAAGACCCGAAGCCGAGCGAGUACAUUUUUAGGAAAGUGUUUGAGUCAUUUGGAGAAAUAAGAUAUGUCGAUGUGCCCUGCAAUGAUCCGUAUCGAUCCAGAAUGAAGAGCAAGUCGGCCAUCAAGACAUUUUCUUUUGAUGGCGGUGUAAUGUUUGAAGGCUACAUUCAAUUCAAGGAGUACGUAGGAUUCUUGAAGGCAAUGAGUGCUCUCAAAGGAAUGCAUUUGAUGUACAAGGAGAAAGACAAAGUGCUUGUUGUGCCAAUCAGAGUUGACUUUGACAGAACAAAGCACAUGACAGACCAUUCCAUCAAAAAGCGGCACGUUGAAAGAGAGAGAUUGAUUCAAGAGGAUGCAGAGUUGUUGAAUAAAGAAAGAAAAUUUCUAGAGGAAGUCGAAUCAAAGAAAGAUCAAGCUUCCAAAAAGAAGGAAGCUGAGGAGAUGAAUGCAUUGCUAGAAGAAAAGCAGAAGAUUGAACAGAAGCAGAAAGAGAAGCUAGAGAAAAUUAAAAAAGCUGAGAAGCAGAGAAAGAAGAUAAAAAAGAAGUUGGCUGAAGAAGAGAUGAAACUUAAAAUGGCACAAGCAAAACUAGAAAACGUUGAGCUUUUAGGCAUGCUUCUCGAGAAAGCUAAGAAAAAGAAAAAGAAGGAGAAAAAGAAGAAAAAAGAAAAUCCAAAAGAACCGAUCGCAAAUAUAGUUCAGCAAGUUGUUGAAAGUGUUAAGGAGGAAGAAAAAGAUUUGCUGGCUAAUCGAGAAUUAGAGCUCCGAUCAAGACUGCUCCUAAAAUACAAGAGGAUCCAUGGUAAACCACUUGAGGUCAAAACUGACAAAGAUGCAGCAGCAGAGCCUGAUCCUCAAGCGAAUGAGGCUAAAGUGGAACCCUCCAUACCGGUUGAAAUAGUUGAUAAAAUUUUAGAGGAAAAUUUUAGUGAAUCAGAAGGAGAAUUUGAGCUUGUGCAUGAGGAAGACGACGGUUAUAAUCUUCAAUCAGGCAGUGAUGUUGUGAUCGAGAGUGCAUUGUCUUCAACUGAGAAUGAAGAGGGUGAAGUCGAAGAACAGAGCGAGGAAGAAACCAAAGCCACUAGCUCAGAAGGGGAAUCCCUAUUGGUAGAGAGUGAAUCUGAAGGUGAAAUCAAGUCGGAGGGAGAAGCAAGUGAAACGGCCUCAAGCAUUAAAUCAGAGAAGUCAAAACUUGGAUCUAUCAAAGCUGAGAAGAAACAGAAAAAGAAGCACAAGAAAGAUAAGAAAAAGAAACAUCAGAAAGAUAAGCUGGAUAAAGUAAAACCAGUUAGCAAAGUAAAAGACACCCCAACAAAAGUCAGUAGUCACAUAGAAGUGGUUUCUAACCACUGGAAGAGCACCACACGUCACUACACAGAUCAAGAUGGGAAACGCAGAGGUGACACUUGGAUAGAAGGGAAGCAAGUGUAUGAAAUUGGAGACAGCCGUUUGCCUCCAUGGCCAUACCCUACAGACUUCUACAGCAGAGUACGAAACCCAAAUGAAGCAGAUGUUUACGACAAGUACUUCAACAAAUUCCGAGACUAUCCUCGAAGGAGGAGCGUGAGUAGAGAGCGACGCAGCAGGUCCCAUAGUUUAGUUGGAAAGCGGGGAAGGAGUAGGUCUCGGAGCAGGGAAAGGUUUCGAAGGAGACGCAGGUCGAGUUCCCGGCGUCGAUCUCUUUCCAGACGCAGAUCUCACUCAAGGCACAGAUCUUUAUCCGGCCCAAAACACAGAUCUAGAUCGAUUUCCAGACGCAGAAGAUCAAAGUCGAAUUCUAGACGACAAAGGUCAAGGUCUCUUUCAGGACGUAGGAGAUCUAGGUCUCUCUCUAGACGCAGACCUUACUCGAGAGGUAGAUUUGAGCGUUGGGGCAGAUCAUCUUCUAGAGAGCGGAAAAGAAGGAGCAGCUCGUCUCUCAGUUUUUCCAAAAGUAGAUCUCGAAGUGUGGCUAGGGGUGUGAGCAGAAGCAGUGUUGACUUUAGGAGCAAGGUGAAGUCAAAGAGCAAGUCACCUCCACUCACUUUGAAAAUUCAAAAGCCUCUCAAAAAGCCCAAAAAGGUAGUCAUUUCUCCUCAAAAGACUGACAGCGGCAGGGAGAGACCUAAGCCCUUGAUCAUGAAAAUGCCCUCCAAGAGACCUAAGAAGUUGCCCAAGGCUGAGUCAGUUGUUGAGGAAAAGCCAGUGGACACAGUGCAUGUUGUCAAGGAGGAGAUAGCAGAACCAGCAGUUGUUGAGGCUGCCGAAGUCUCUACUGUCACCCCUCCUCUCCCUGAGUCAAUGCCCGAUCGUGAGGAUGAAAAGUCUCCUUCCCCAACUCUUGAGCUCAACAAUUCCCCAAUUAGGGAACCUUCUCCCAUUCCUGCUGAUUCCAUUCCACUGCCCCAAUCCCCUGCUAAAGAGGAACCACAAAGUGUGCAAGAGGUCCCAGUUUUUAACUCUGAAUUGGCCGUGGACGAUCCUCAAAAUGAGGAAGUAAAUUUGGAGUUGAACUAACAGUUUUCUCUGUUAUAGUUUCUUUAUUUGGAAGUACGGAAAAGAAAUCAUUUUUUUUUUUAAUUGUUUUUUUUUAUU